AUGACAUUUAAAUUUCAAUAUUCCGUUAUAUUGAUGGAGGAUUUAUCAAAACAGUCAUAUUGGAAUAAACGAUUUUUAACAGAAGAUUCAUUUGAAUGGUUUGGUGAUUGUUCUCGAUUAUAUCCUAUAUUAGAUCUUUAUUUAAAAUCUUCACCUUCGUAUAUUUUACUUCAUCUUGGUUGUGGUUCAUCAUCACUGGCUGAAGAAAUGUAUAAGCGCCACUAUUGCCAUUUGAUUUUGAAUGCUGAUUAUUCAUUUGGUAUUCUUGAUAAACGUCGAUCGAUAAAAGAAAAUGAUUUAUUUGUAAUUGAUUGGUUUGCAUUAGAUAUUCGAACAAUGCCUUUACGUACAGAUUAUUUUGAUACAAUUAUUGAAAAAGGUACAUUGGAUGUAUUUUUUGUUGGACAUGAACAUCAUCUGUGGAAUCCAACAGAAGAAUUAAAAGAAAAAAUUGAUUUGAUACUAAUGCAAAUUAGUAAAUGUCUACAAUCUAAUUGUGGUCGAUUUAUUUCAGUUUCAUUUCAGCAGCCUCAUUUUCGACGACCAUUUUUAGCAAAACAAAAAUAUCAAUGGUCGAUUCAAGUACAUUCCAUUUCAGAUGGAAAUGAAUCAGUAGAAUAUUUUGUUUAUGUUAUGACAAAAGGUGAACAGAUGAAUGAAGAAGACAGAUUAUUAGAAGAAGGAAGAUCGACAAAAUGGCAUUGGAUAAAUAAAAAAGAAAGUCUAACACAAAUAACGAUGAAUUAUGUUGUUGAAAAUGAUGACCAGUAUCUGUUUAAUAUAGAUCUUGAUUCUGAUGAAUCAGUUUUGUUACAUUCACAAUAG